AUGAACGAGGAUGGGGUUGCCAUUUCCUCGAACACCUCAUGCGCGGCGGGAGGAGGUUCGGCGACGGCGGCGGGCGGGGCCGCGGGCUUCUUCCGUGCCGCGGGCUUCUUCCGCGGCUUGUUCACGGCCGGGGACGAGCCGGCGACCUUGGAGGAAGCCCCUCGCGGCCCACGGGAGCCUGCCUUCGGCCGGCUCUUCUUGGGGGCGGGCGCGGCGGGGGCGGCCGCCGGGGCGGGGACGGGGGCCGGGGCGGGAGCCGGGGAGGCGGGAGGAGGCGGUGCGAGGCCCGCCCGCCGCCGCUUGGCCCCGACGUGGGUCGCCGCCACCACGUCGGCCACGGUCCGGGCGGAGGCGGGGGCAGGGGCGGGGGCGGGGCCCGAGUCGGGCGGGGCGGGCGCGGCGGCGGGCGGGGGUUACCGUGCCCCUGGGACAUGCCAUGGUAGUAGCGAGGGUUAUAAACCCGCGCAGCUACUAAGUUGA